AGCGCCCUGCUGACGCCGCCCCUCUCUUUGCUACUUAAAGGCGGUGACGGGGCGGUGGCGCAGAGCCGAACUCGGGAGCCGAAGUCUAGACGGUUAGAGCCGAACCUGAGCCGAACCUGAGCCGAACCUGAGCCGAACCUGAGCCGAACCUGAGCCGAACCUGAGCCGAACCUGAGCCGAACCUGAGCCGAACCUGAGCCGACGAGCCUACCCGAAGACUCGAACCUGAGCCGAGCGGAGCCGGAGCUGCCGCGAGCAUGAGCCAACGGCCGGUCCAACGGCAGAGCCAGCGCCGCGGCAGCCCCCGGUCCGACAUGGUGCCCGAGAUCGCCGCCGCCGUGGGUUUCGUUUCCAGUCUGUUGCGAACGCGGGGCUGCGUGAGCGAGCAGCAGCUGGAGGUGUUCAGCGGGGCGCUGCGCCAGGCGCUCGAAGAGCGCUACAAACAUCACUGGUUUCCUGAGAAACCUUUCAAAGGCUCUGGGUAUCGGUGCAUCCGGAUCAAUCACAAAAUGGAUCCUAUUAUCAGCAUGGCAGCUAGCCAGAUUGGACUUAGCCUCCCUCAGCUGUACUAUCUUCUGCCCAGUGAGCUCACGCUCUGGGUGGAUCCCUAUGAGGUCUCGUAUCGCAUCGGGGAGGAUGGCUCCAUCUGUGUCUUAUAUGAAGCGACUGGAACGAAACCUGUGAGCUCCUACGAGAUGCUUACCUGCAAGAACCAGCUGAUGUUCGGUCGCACCAGUCCUUCCAAAAACUACAUCAUGACUGUCUCCAGCUAAAUACUCCUCUUGUCCUUACACUGCCAAGACACAGGCUACUGCAUACCUCACCUGAGGAUCUAUUUUUAAGAUGAAGAGCUAUUUAUAUUUUUAAAAAAAUCCAAGAAAAUCCAAAAUUAAAAUAUUGGGCACCGCUUUGAACAGAAGCGGGGCUCUAGGUGCCUUUUAUUUAAAACUGUUGCAAGCUUAUGAGUUUUUAUUAUGAAGCUGAUACCUACCUAAUUAGUGUUGGAUGGCAAUUUUGGGCUGGCUUGCUCACUUGGGCGGCUUGGAAUAGAGGACAAGGGGGAAGAGCCAGCCUGGGAAGUGUGGUGGUGGGAGAGGUCUGUGUCAUCUCACCAUCCUGGUACCCAACAGUAUUGCUGUGUCAUGACGUAUUGCAAUACUGUUGGAGAAGGGACAAAGGAGUUGCUGUCUGACCUCCUCUAACUUUGCUCCCCAGCUGCUCUGACCAAUCUGGGGCCUGGAUACAGUGUUUGGAGGAGCCUUUCCUCCGGGCUGGGUGAUGCUGGGGACCCGGGGAUCCCUCUCCUUUGCACGUCUCUUAUGAGAUGUCAUCACUUACUCUGUGAGUGCAGCUCUGCUGUGCCCCACUCGGCACAAAGCGAGGGGGAAUGUGGCCUCUCUCCAACCCCUCUAUCUUUCCUCUCUGCUGCUGGACUGAAAGGGUUCAUAUGGAUAUUGGUGUCCUGUGAAGUGGAGCAAGGCAGAAAUGCACUGGAGGUCAGGGUGUGCAGAGAAGUACCCAAGAUAAAUAUUGCAGCUACUGUGGUGGCACUGUUUGUUCCUGGUGCUCCCCAGUACCUGGCUAUCACCCACUGCUUGCUACACAAUGAGAAGGGUGCUCCAGGCCCCCAAACCAGCACUAGACAGCUGGGAAUUACAAAGCCUUCCUGCUGUGUGUGGCUUAGAGCCCAUGAGCUGCUCUUGUGUGGCCUCUCUGUGCUCCAAGAGCCGAGUCUGGCCUCUUGCUUACAAAAGUUGCCUAAUCCGAUGCUGCUGACUUGCCGUGAUGCUUCUCCAGAAGAGCUGAAGCAAUUGCUUUGGGCCCUACAGGUUGGUGUAUGAGAACCCGCUGUGGCUUUAUCUCUUCAAAUCAGAAGUGUGUGUGUGUGUGUGUGUGGGUGUCUCUUCCCUCUGUGUGUGGGAUGCUCAGAUGCUUCAGUGUCCUAACUUUGCUUUUCAAGCCACAGUACUUCUUUCCUGUCUUCCCCCUGUGGGUGAUCAGCACGUGGCUUGUCUCCGCUAAUACCUUGGGGAGGGGCAUCAUUUGGUUCUGAUCUCUUGGUACAUAACUGUUUUGCACAAUUAAUGCCUGGUUCUGGGUUCUAUUCAAGCAAACCUCUUGGAGUCCCAGUAGUACUUGUCUUCAAGGAGACUUUGUCCAGGUGUUGGUCAAGAUUUAGCCCUUAAACUGCCCUAGCCUAACUACAAAUGGGUGGCAGCUGGAAGUGCUGCCCAAAAAACUUUGCUUGUUGAGGAUGAGCAUUUACCAGGAUGUUUUAUGUCCAUUGCUGCCUUACUAACCAGCUGAUGCUCACCCAGUGACCCUGGGAGAGGUGGUUGAAAAAGCAGGGCAUUGAUUUAGUUGAGUGUAACGUAACUCCCCCCAGAUUUGUCUCUCAGCACACUUUUUACUUUCCUGUUUUCUGACCUGGCAGAUGUCUGGCAUAACCAGAGCUAUUCUUGCCUAGCCUUUGAAUCAAGUUCUCAGACUUUUGUGCAAUAUAUUUCCAAAUCUUGGGCACUCUGGGAGAAGAAGGAAGCCUCCCAUCUGCCACAAUUCUUAGCUUGUUGUUUUUAAGUAUCUGGUGUGGAAAAGUAAGUUCAGAUUUUUGUAAGCUUCAAAUCAUGAAUUCCAGAACAGGAAAGCCAGCGUCGAUUCUUAGAUCCUUUUUAAAAUGGCAAGAGGUGAGUUAUUUGUCCUUGAACAGUGGUAGCACUGUGGCUCUGAAGCUGCAUCACUUCCCUCUACAUCACUUGAAUUUCUCAUAUCAGCAAAGCAGAGGCUGAAACGAAGCACCAAGGGUUUUGCCUUGGUAAACUUGUGCAAUAGGUGACCUCACCGAGAGGGGAGGACUUAGGAACUUCCAAAAAGCAAAACUCCCUUUUCAAGGAAAAGGAAUAUGGGUGCUUUUCAGAGUCUUCACUUAACCUGCUAAGGUGUAGAAACCCAUAAUGAGAACCGCAUCCAGGAUGAGAAGCAUUGGCUUUGCUGGACUCCAUGGCUGGAUGUGGAGUUUUCUGGAAGGUGGUACUUCCUUGGGUUGUAAUUUGUCAUGAUCGAAGCAGUCUUUAAGGUUAAUCCCCAUUUUUACUCUGUUCCCUCCCUCUUACGAGAAAAGCUUGUCAGGAAGAACAGCCCACACCAAAGGAAUACACUAGGAUUACUCUUAAUGUGCCCCAUUUGAACCAAAACAGUCAGUACUUAUUCUUUUUAUCCGUAGUGGGGAGGAGUCUGAUGUUAAGGUGUCUGGUUUUAGCUUCAAAACCAACCAAUUUUGGUAUAAUCCAUUUCUCUCAUAGCUGGUUCCUUGUACAAGCUGUGAAUUAGCGUGCUCUGUUGCCUUUCUGCCUACAAGCCUGUGACUGGACUGUGGAGCAAGACGGUGUGUAUUUUAAGUGUAUUUGGAGGGUUCCUGUCUUUUUUU